AUGAGUGGUCCGGGGAAGGAUGAUGAGCGACCUCGGUUGGAGAGAUUUGAUGGAACGCAGCCGUCCCAGUACCGGCGAUGGCGAAGGAAGGCGGAGUUGAUGCUCCUAGCCAUUCCAAACACCUAUACCAAAGAUAGGUACAAGGAACUACAGACGGAGGCUCUUCACAACCACUUGCAAGAGUAUUUCUAUGGCAUGCAGAUUCGGCCUGGAGAAACGUAUCGCAAUCUGGAAGUGAGGGUGCAGACAGCGUACCGGCGACUGCAGGAGCACGCUAUAGAGUUACCUUCAGAAGUUCGCGGCUGGUUCUUGGUGAGAAAGCUUCAGCUGGAUGCGGCGGCAGAGGCUUUGAUCAUGACCCAUACCAAGGGGUCGCUCAAGCACGAUGAAGUGACCCGUGCAGUGCAGGCGAUCUUUCCACAUGGAGUUGCAAAGAACGUUCAUGGGAGGACCAAGGAGGUCUUCGAAGCCGAUGAGUACCACAGCGGUGGAAACACAGAGGAGCACAUCAAUGACGUGUUUCAAGCCGUUGCGGACCAAGUGCAAUCUGCGGAUGAAUAUGAUGACGAGGACGCCUUGGACGUGUUCGAGACCUACAAGGAGGUAAGAAGGCGUGUUCAGCAGAAAAAGCUUGGAAGAGGCUACAAGCAUGACGAUGGCAACCAGUGGAAGUUGUCUGGCACGGUGAAAGGAAAAGUGGAGUUGCUGAAGAGCAAAACCAAGUGUCAUCUAUGCCACGAGCGUGGACACUGGAAGCGGGAAUGCCCUCGACGCGGCCAAGGAGGCUCAGGGCGGCAGACUCGACCGAGUGGAUCCAACGAGGCAAUGGUGGCCGACGACAGCGUGGACGGGUACAAGGACUUAGAGUAUGAACACUUCCUCGAUGUAGAUGAGAUCGGCAAGUUCGAGAUAUUUCUUGCAGAAAAGGGAGAUCAGGUGGAAGUGGUUUUGGCCAGUCAGGAUGAGGCCCUGAAUGAGACGGGCGAAGUGAGCGGGGACUUUGAGCGUAGUUUGACCGAGUUUUUGAACAGAUCGGGAGCCGAUGACAUGCAGUCCGAUGAGACACUAGCGAAGUCGGGGCUGAGGGUUCGCUAUGUUCGGGAGAGGCAUGAGUUCAAGUUCGGUAAUGCCGGUGUUCUUAGGAUAGAGCAGCGGCUGUGCCAAGCUCAGCCGCGAACCGUGAGCUACACGGGCCAAGCAAUGAGCGAUGCGCCGAUGAUGGGAUACGGCCAGAGUCCUCUGAUCAUGGAACUGAUGGAGGAAGUGGCGGGACAAGCUGCCGCAGCAGAGGGCCAGAUCACAGAUGUGAGCGCCAAAAUCCUGGACGAGGCAGCCGAUCACAGCGACGACGAGCUCGACGCAACAGUGCCAGGCGUAGAUGGCUCGCUGGGUCAAAGGAUCUUCACCAUCGGGAAGUACCAGAAGGCGGGCCGGCUCGUGACGUUCAAGGCAGCAUACGAGCAGGACAAAAAGUAUGUAGCGUGGGUUCGCAAGUUCAUCAAGGGCAAGAGUACAAGUCCGGAGAAGAGCAACCACCCUACGAUGACGCAGUUCAGGCUGUACAUUGCUCUACGAGAUCAACGGAAAUCUCUUCGCCUGCAGAUGAAUCCCGAACCAACGCAACUGCUGGCAAUGCGUCCCAAGGCGAAGGCGGCAACAGCGUGGCAGCCAAAGGCGAGGGCAACCGGAGUGCAGCGAGGAAUGCCCACGUCCUCCGGAACUAUGAGUGCUGCAUCGUCGGCACAGAUGCCGCCCCCGUCGAUGACAACCGCUCUAUCGAGCGGGGCGUGGGAGGAUCACUGGGUGGUGGCAGCCGAGCCAGAAGCGGAGACGGCGACCGAGACUACUCAGGAGCGACGACGCCGAAGGCUUCGAGAGCAGAUCGAGCUACUGACCUACCAGUUGGAGGAGCUACAGGAGGCCGAGGCUGUCUUUGAAGACCUAUCCGCCUCCAUGAUUCGUCAGGCUGCGACUGUCGAGCAAGCUCUGAAAAUGAUCCGGAAGUUCUCUCCAAAGCUUGUGACUGCGUGCUGCAUGGAACAGUACUGUGAGGGUCGUUUGUUCUGUGUGGAAGAUGUGAAUGAGAGCAUGAGUGGGAGAGUGAAGCAGUGGAGAAAGCAGCGAAGUGAUGAGAACAUGUUAGUUGUUGAGAGAGUGGAGAGCGACAACACGUGGAAGGCCACGGAGUUCAAUCAACAGGUGUGCGUGGAUACCUUCGAGCAGGAAGUACGUGACAGUAAGGUACAUUUCCUCAACAUUGUGGACGAGGGCGAGUUCGAGCAUGGGUUGUCAUUGGAUGGAACAUUCUGUGACUCGUCGGCUGCGUAUUCACCUUGGCAGAAUGGCCUUGCUGAAAAGAAAGGUGACGUUUGGAAGGCUCAGGAACUGAUCGAUCAGGUCAAUUGUGCCGUGAACAGUAUGACCCGAAAAGAUGGAGAGUCAAUCUUUGAGCGUAGGGUUGCCUUUCGCACAGCCGCGCGGAAAGCAUUCUUGGAGGUUGGGCAGCUUGUGUUCCUAUGGAGAAAGAAUCGCUUUGACAAUCGUGCCCAUUGGCAUGGUCCAGCCGUGGUGAUUGGAAAGGCAGGCGUGUCAAAGGCAACUGUGAAGAUGCUUCCAGCUGAUAUGGUGCAUAUCAGAGGUGUUGGUGACAUUGUGCUUGAUGAAGGACCAGCAGAACCUCCUGCGGUACCUGUGAGUGAUGGUGGAGCAGGAAGCAGAGAUGAGGCUUCUCCUGGCGUUGCUGUGCGUGGUGAUGAGUCACCAGCCAAACGUGCGAGAUUGGUUGCUCCGCCUUCUGCGUUGACUCAGAUGAUGCGUGCUGAUCCCGAGUUGGUUGACAGUGGUCGGUCAAGUGGUGCAUUGCGUUCCAAUGUUGUGCGUGCUGAGGAUGUGCCUAUUCCUUGUGCCGAAGAGCCAGAUGACGAACUUGAAGUGUACGCUAGUGAUGGUGAUCACUGGAUCAUAAGUCAUGGGCGUGAGAGGCUUGAGCGUGUACAUGCUGUUGAGCGAAGAGGUGUGUACUUCCCGUCGUCGCAAGAGUUGCCAGUUGAUGAAAAGCAUGUUGAGGAUACAUGUUGCGUGGUUGGCUUCGAUCGGCUUGGAAACAAGGUGUGUUGUGAGUACAAUUGGAAAAGUGGACAGGUUCCCGAGUUUCCUGUGCGUGGACGUUUCUGGACUGGACACACCGAGUUCACCCUCAAGGCUGGAUGGACUGUGAAGCCGCAGGAACAGGUCGAGUGUUUUGAAGUGAAUAUCAAAAAGGGCCGCAAGGAGUUAACUGACCAUGAGAUUCCUUCGCAUAAACGUGAAGGCUUGAAUCAGGCCAAGUUGAAAGAAUGGAAGAAGCUUGUGGACAGCGGUGCCAUUCGCGUGCAUGUGGGUGCGAGUGCAGAAAAGAUUCGGCGGUCGUUGGACAAGGGGCGUUUGUUGAAAUCCCGGUUCGUCUUGACGGAAGCAGAAGCGGGAAGCAGUCCGUUGACAGAGGACAUCAAGGCAAGAUGGUGUGUAAGAGGGUACCUUGAUCCUGAUCUACUUCACCUAGAUACAAGUGCACCGACGUUGUCUGCAGAAGGGUUUGCUACAGCCAUGCAACUCAUUGCGUCUCGCAAGUGGAGACUCAACAUUGCCGACGUGGAAGGGGCUUUCUUAAGAGGUGACGCCUUGGAUCCAAAAUGGGGUCGACUGUUCAUUGAUCUUCCUCCCGGAGGGGUUCCAGGAGUUCCUGCAGGCAGUGUUGUGGAAGCCAUAAAGACCAUCUAUGGUUUGGCAGACGCUCCGAAGGCAUGGUGGCAGUGUUUCUCAGCCAAGCUUAAGUCCCUGGGGAUGAAGGUGUCGCGAUUUGAUCCUUGUCUGUAUUACUACUAUGUGAAAGGCCAGGUUUCAGGAACGAUUGCUUUGCAUGUGGAUGAUCUCUGUGCCGGUGGUGAUGCUAGCUUUCAGGAGGAUGUGCUGGAGCCUCUGAGAAACAUGUUUCCUUUCAAACACUGGAAAACAGGUUCGGGUGACUUUCUGGGCAAGAAACUUGAACAGCAGCCAGAUGGGAGCAUCAAGAUCAGUCAAUGUGAAUACGCCAGACAACUGAAGGGCAUUGACCUGAGUGCUGUGAAUUGGUUAGUGAGCAGCAGCAGACCAGAUCUGGCAGCAGGCUGUUCAUUGUUGCAACAGCGUGUGUGUGAAGCUACAGUUGCUGAUCUGAUAGAGUUGAACAAGCUUGUGAGCCAAUGUCAUGACAACAGCAGUGCCUAUAUCUGGGUCCGCAGCAUUCCUCUUGAACACGUUCAAUUUGUCAUGUUGUCUGAUGCCGCAUGGGCAAGUGCACAGUCGUGCUGCAGCCAAGCGGGAUACAUGGUUGCUGCCUGUGAUGAGAGGCUGCCCAGUGGAACCUGGGGUACAUACUCUGUGUUACGCUGGAAAAGCUACAAGCAGGACAGACAGACUCACUCUACACUUGGAGCAGAACUUUUGUCUCUGUCAAGAGGCAUAGCGGAAGCAAGAUGGCUACGAUCGAUGUGGUGCGAGGCUGUGUUUUCAGACUACACGCUGAAGGACGACCACAGCUGGAGCAGUCGGAUACCGAUUACUGCAGUUAUUGAUUGCAAGCCAGUGUACGACCACGUGGAAGGACCCAUGAUAGCGGUCAAAGACAAAAGGGUUGCCAUCGAGAUGAUGCUUAUCAAAGAGGACAUCGCAAGCUAUGGAAUAUCUCUGCGGUGGAUGGCUACAAAGCAAAUGAUCGUGGACGUGCUCACUAAAAGAGGGGCACCGAUGGAGUUAUUUCGGAGGGUUCUUCAGAAAGCCGAGUUUGUUUUGACAGAAGACAACGAAGUGGCCAGAAUUACUUCGAAGCGGAAAGAAGUCUGA